AUGCUCACUCUUUCAACUCCAGUCCCUCUCUGCCUGAGUCUCCUCCUCUUUCUGUCAUACCACUCCCCUGUCCUCUCCUGUCAGACUGGGACCCGCAGCCAGUGUGUGUCCGCUCCCUUCGUACCAGGUUACAACCUGGCUGGGGAGGGCUUCGAUGUGGUCACCCUGCGACGGAAAGGAGCCUACACGGUCGACGUGAGGACCUACCUCACCCCAGAAGGCACCUGUACUCUCUGCUCCAACCCUCUUCAAGGCAACAGGCUGCAGAAACUGCCAGUCUCUGCAGUGGACUGGCGUGUAUUCACCCACUGCAGUACUAAUCUCUACAGCAGUGCUCACACCUCUGUCAGCUCACUGCUUCGGACAUACACCAACCAGGAAAGCAGCAGCUGGAAGCUGGGACUAGAUUUGAAGAAGUUUAGCAGCCUGCAGGUCGGGGGAACACGUUCCAGUGCAUAUAACUUUGCUACAGCCAGGAGCCGAGAGGACCGCUACACCUUCAGCACACACAGGACGACCUGUAGCCGUUACAGGUACCGUGUGUCAAACAGACCGCCCCUCAGCUCUGGGUUCAGAAGGGAUGUGGAAAGGCUGCCCAAAUCCUACAGCUACUCAUACAGGCCCCAGUACAGACGGCUGAUAGAGACCUACGGCACACAUUAUAUCCGCCAGGUUUAUCUUGGGGGGCGAUUCAGGCGAGUCACAGCUACACGUACAUGUUUGUCCAGACUGAAUGGCCUCUCCUCGUACCAGGUGCACAGAUGCAUAUCACUGGGUCUCACUGUAGGCCUGGGGAAGGCAAAACUGCGCGCUGGUCACAACACCUGCACCAAAGUCCUACAGAACCAGGAUGUCGCUUCCUCAUACAGCUCUGGACUUCACCAGCAUUACACAGAGGUGGUAGGAGGCACAGGUUGGGGGGGGGCUGUUGCACUCACCCAUAACAACUCCCUGGGCUACCGAAAUUGGCUGAAAACCCUCAAGGAUGUCCCUGGCGUUGUUGGGUAUUCCCUAAGACCACUGCACGAGCUGCUGUCAGACUGGAGACAAAAGCUGGCACUGAAGGCUGCCAUAGAGCAGUACUUAAAAGACAACGCCAUCAGGAGGUCAACCAGACAACCAUACUGCCGCAGUUACCCUAACCUGGAUUUCAGGUGCUGUCCUGAAAGGGCCUGGAGGGGAACACUGGUGGUGACCAUUGUCCGAGCGUGGCGUCUAAAAGGAGAUUUUUGGGGCAAGACUGAGGGGUAUGCCAAAAUGUGGUACGGCUCCAUCUACCGCAAGACCCGUGUGAUCCAAUCGAACUACCCUCGCUGGAACGCACGUUACUAUCUGGGCAAUGUGGACACACACUUGGGUCUGAAGAUUGAAGUCUGGGAUGAAGACUGGGGCAGAGACGACCGUCUGGGAUCAUGUCUGAGGUACCUGAGACAGGGGACACACAGAUUGACCUGCCCAGCCAAGAGAGGCGGCGUCGAGGUCCUGUACACUCUCACCUGCGACCGCCACCUGACUGGAGACAGGUGCAACAAGUACAAACCGUCUCCAUAUUGA